UCUAUUUCAAACCAAAACAAAUGUGGCCCGAAUCAAUAUUUUCACCGUGCUUAGAAAAAACCCACAAAAAUCAAAGCAAUUUGGUGUUAAAGCCAUUGCCACGAAAUGCAUUCCAAAUCGCUCAAAGCAAAGGAUUCUUCGCUGGUUUCAUACUAUAUCCUGUGCGCGCUUCGUGUUGCGCUAGUGCUGGUGCCCCAGGUGGGCUACAUACAUCCGGAUGAGUUUUUCCAAUCGGUGGAAGUUAUCGCUGGCGACGAGUAUGGGCUGGAGGUAACCAGAACGUGGGAAUUCAACAGAACGUUUCCAAUCCGAUCGAUUGUCAUUCCGUACGUGGGAUUGAAAAUUCCCUUGAGCAUGCUUCGGUUUGUGUCGAUGUACACCAGGCAUUAUUUGGGUGUCAACUUACGAGGAACCUAUGUUACGUUGGUAUUCCCCCGACUGCUGAUGCUGGCGCUAUCGUUCGUGAACGAUUGGAGUCUUUGGAGAAUAUGCAAAACCUAUGGAUUGGAUGGUCAAUUCCGGAUGCUUACGCUGGCCAGUUCCUACGUUAUGUUGGUCUACGCCACACGCACAUUCACGAACUCGAUUGAAAUGGCUCUCUGCUCGCUGCUGGUUUAUAUCGUCACCGAAUGUAUGAUCCAUUCGAACACUGUUAUAUACCAGCGUGAAUUCCUUGAGGAGAAGUACAGAAAGGCCCAGAAAACCGUCGAUCGGGUGCGGCUCUAUAAGCUAAAGAUGUCACUUCCGUCCCACUCCCUAAACAAGUGCGCACUGAUGGCCACAAUCUGCGUGUUUGGCGUUUUCAACAGACCCACGUUCAUCCUGUUUGGAUUCCCGUUUGUGUUCCAGUGGAUGCUUCGUGGAAUGGGAACGAAAACCGUAUCGUUUUCCGACUUCAACAUCAGAAUGUUCACUUUUGUGGCCUCCGCUAUUCCUGCGUUGAUUUUUUGCAUCGUGGUGGAUUCCUUGUAUUACGGUUAUCUGACGCCGGCGGAAGUAGAACGGCUCGAGAUUGGGAUCAAUAAUUUCGUGGUGACGCCACUCAACUUCAUCCGCUACAAUAUGAACUCGGACAAUACCAAACAGCAUGGAGUGCAUCCGUACUAUUUGCAUUUGCUUGUGAACAUUCCCAUACUGUAUAAUGUGCUGGGAGUCAUCGCGGUGACCUCCUUCGUGACGAUGAUAUACCGAUUCGGCUCUGCUGAGUACACGAGUUUGCCACGUGCUCAAUCCAUUGUCGGUCUGAUGGUCAGCGCAAUUUUCUUCCCCAUCGCAACGCUAUCCUUUAUAAAUCAUCAAGAACCUCGGUUUCUUCUGCCAAUCACUUUGCCGCUGAUUCUGCUCCACGCUCCCAAACUUAAGAACGGUUUGUGUUCUUCAUAUCCCUUCAAGGAACGAUCGCUGCUCAAAGACUUCCUGUACAAUCAUUUCCUCAGUACGAGAGCCAGCUCUCGUUACUUACUACGAGUUUGGUAUACAACAAACAUAGCGCUGACACUUUUCUACGGAUUUGUACACCAAGGUGGUGUCUACCAGCUGGCAGAGCACAUGGGGCGCCAGAUAGAGGUCCGUUCCGCUACCACUCACAUUCAUCUUGUGACUAGCCACAUCUACAGCAUGCCACAGUGUUUCCUCAACUUGCCCAGCACUCAGACGCUGCUAGUCAAUCCUGAGAAUGGCCAAAAGUACCGUCGAGACCGACAGUUUUUCCUGUACGAAUACGGAAGCCUCGAUUUGGGUCAGCUGUAUAAAAAAUUGAAACUUAUUCUGGACAUAAGCGAAAUGAAGGCAAUCAGCAGCAACCAGAAGUACCUGCUGUAUUUGGCCAUUCCCUCGAGUCUCUCCGAGGAGCUGAACAAUGUUUUCCACAAUCGAACCUCUGCCCUGGUGAAGCACACCCAGGUCAAGGUGUUCUAUCCUCAUCUAUCGAUCGAAGCAAUGCCAAAGCUGCUCGGCCAACACCUCUGCGGCAUCAACACCGACGCCGACGAGCUGGAGGAUACCUGUCCCAUCUAUGCGCAUGACGACGAGCAGAAUCCGUUUUCGGUCAGCCGAGUACUGAAGGAGUUUUCUUCGCUGAUCCACCAGUUUGGACUCAUCCUGUACCGGAUCGAGGUGCGGAAAAAGAUCGAAUAACAGGAUAUGAAAACGGGGAUACUUACGAGUGAGACCAUUUGGUUGAUCAGUGAUAUCAUGAGCUAGUCAUUGCGUAGUUAUGUUACUUCCUUCCUCGUCCUCGAACUGGUAUUACAUCGCUUUCAACGUAUAUAAACGGGAUAAUCAAAAUAAGAAAACAUUUCUAGAGGCGAAUGAACUUAAAAGUGUAAACCCUCUUAAAGCCAAGAAGAAGAAGAAGAAGAAACAUUGAGUCACGUUUCAGAAGAAAUACAAACGAGAUCUGGCCGAUUGUAUAUAACAGGGAAUUCGAUAGGAAUUGAAUUCAAUAAAACUUGACUAAAACAUCAAAGCUGUCUUAAAAUUUGUCCAUCCAUCUUGUUUUACGUAGCUGCCGUAUAAGAUUAAUGCACACAUAUUUUGGCACAAUAUUUUGUAUUUUUUGAUGAUCUCACCUACUGUGGAAGAUAGUUUAAUGUUACCGUAAGUUAAGUUUCAAUUAUCUUUACUAUAUUUGUAAUGCGAG